CAGCGGCAAGAUAAACAUGAGAAAUGUCGAGCAAAGAGUACUCUUUGGAAGAGCUUAAUUAUUUCCGUAUUUGUUACAUCACUACAAAAAUCAUACGGGAUGGCCUGCAAUCAGUUUUCAAACAAGAAUGGAAUAGAUUAUAUGGAAGUAGACGUGGACAAUGGCUUGACACUCGCAGUAAUGGCAUGGAUUUUUUCCACAUGGAAUCACGAAAAAGCCGAAAGAGAAACUAUAGGCUUCUGAACAGCAUUAGAUAUGGAGACAGCGGUUCCUGGGAUUGUACCUGCCUUUUCUUUGCGAUUCUCUAUUCCGAUACCCUUGGCGGACUUCUGUCACGUGCAAGUCCUACUGUAUAUAGUAACGUUAAUGAUUUGCGAGAAUUCCGCAAUGGGUUUUUUGCGCAUCUUUCCCAACCAAGAGUUUUGGAAUCAGACUUUCAGGCCAAUGUUCAGAAGGUCACAAACGCGUUUAUAGCUCUAAAUCUUGACACAACAGAACUGCAGACAAUGGUAAAUCAACGAAACUUUCCCACAGGGGAGCUUCAAACACUCCAAGAGCAAAUUGCCGUCUUAGAGAAAGAAAUUCAAGGUAAGCCCAAAAACUUUGUAGUUCUUCCAUCCAAGCCAUCGCACGAGGUCAUUGAAAGGAGUAGUGAAGUCAAAGAAAUCAUGCAGAUGCUUUGUGACCUCCAAAACGGAAGUGACGAUGAUUCUGUUGUAACCGUGUUUGUCACUGGAAAUCCAGGAUGUGGCAAGAGUCAGAUUGCUCGUCAAGUUGGAGGAAAAUUUGCUGAUCAGAACCCUGACUGCAACUCAUUUGUCAUGACACUGGAUGCUGAAAGCGAAGAGACUUUGCUUGAAUCGUAUAAGAGAUUUUGCCGUGAGCUUGGAAUCACGGAACACUCUCUAAAUAAUAUCGUAGGAGGCGAUUCCAAAUUGACGAAGAAAGAAAAAAUUACACAUCUGAAAAGCUUUGCAUUUUCCAAGGUACGAGGGUAUUCCACCUGGUUGCUCAUAUUGGAUAACGCUGAUGAAAGUGAGAGCUUACGCUGCUUCUUGUCAGAGAAAGGAGAGCAUGUAGGUUGUGGACAACUACUUGUUACCACGCAAGAGAGCACCUAUCUCCCAUUUGGUGACCCUUCAUGCAAAAGGAUCUCCCUCAGUGAGGGAAUGCAAGUAAACGACGCCGUGAAUCUUCUCAGGAGUGUCUCCAAGCUUCCACCUGGCAAUGAUGAAGAAGAACAUGCAGUACUAGAUGCCUUAGAUUACCAGCCUUUGGCCAUUGCUUCAGCAGCACUGUAUGUUCGAUUCUUGCGCGACGGAGUAGGAACGGAUAUUGGUUCUGCAAGUUUCACAUGGGAAAGCUAUGUCAAACAACUAGACAAGGGAAAGAGAAAGGCAACUGAAAAGGUACGAGAGUAUUCGGCCUGGUUGCUCAUAUUAGAUAAUGCCAACGAAAGUGAAAGCUUACACUGCUUCUUGUCAGAGAAAGGAGAACAUGUAGGUUGUGGACAACUACUUGUUACCACGCAAGAGAGCACCUAUCUUCCAUUUGGUGACCCUUCAUGCAAAAUGAUCUCCCUCAGUGAGGGAAUGCAAGUAAAAGAUUCCAUGAAUCUUCUCAGGAGUAUCUCCCACCUUUCAAGUGGUGAUGAUGAAGAAGAAUGCGCAGUAUUAGAUGCCUUAGAUUACCAGCCUUUGGCCAUUGCUUCAGCAGCACUGUAUGUUCGAUUCUUACAUGACGGAGAAGGAACAGAUAUUGGUUUUGCAAGUCUCACAUGGGAAAGUUAUGUCAAGCAACUGGACAAGGGAAAAAGCCAGGCAACAGAAGAGGUGUACGAAGAUACAAAAAUGAAUUAUCCACAUCUUGAGGAAGCGUUUGAAAUGAGGAAGAAACUGUACCAGCCCAACCACCUUGUGAUCUCUGAGUCCUACAACAACCUAGGACUGGUACACAGAGGUGCUGGUCAACCCGAAAAAGCAAUGGAUUUCUUCAAAUCUGCGUUAUCUAUUAGAGAGAGGGUGUUAGAUCGAGAACAUCCCGCAAUAGCAGAAGCACUGAGUAAUCUGGGACAGGUGUAAAUGGAUCUUGGACAAUUGGAGGAAUCCAAAGACUGUCACUUCCAAGCAAGGAACAUUCGGAUGGAGAAAUUGGAAAGUGAUCAUUCUGAACUAGGUGACACAUGGCUGAAUCUUGGAAUGGUAUUUGAACAAUGUAGUGAGCUUCGUGAGGCAGCUUAUAGUUAUCGUCAAGCCCUUGAAAUCUACACCAAACAUUACCCUCUGAAUCAUCACCUACGCCAGUCAGCAGAAGAAUGUUUAAAACGUGUCUCCCGUGAUCCCAGUUUGAACAGACCUGAAAACUACACGGCUCGCAUUUGGUCAUCGAUGAAGAAAAUUUUUAGGCGAUCAAAGAUCUUGAACUAUCCCUUAGCUGGGUCGUACUAUGACAGAAUGAUGCUGACUUCGAAUAAUUCUUUUCUUUUUGAGGGGUUGUUUGAGCUCGAGAGUCUUGACGCUAGCCUCUUUGUGCUAAUUACUAUACUGUUGGUGCAAUAUGUAAAAUACUAUAAGCUAGACGAGAAUACUGGGUUUCUUAGGAGCUUUUUGGAAGUGAUACCCUACGUUUUUGGGGCUAGAGUAGCACUAAGGGCACUGGAAGCAGAUUAUAGAGCUUUUGAGUUUAGGUUACUCUGGCUACUUAAACUUUAUGGUUUUCUAUACCUGUUGGCAUAUUUUCUUCAUCAUAUCCUUGGUUUUAGUUAGGUUAGUGUCAAUUCCCUUCAAAAAAUCAGUACACAUCAGAGUUUGAGCUAAGAGAUGAUUGCAAAAGUGACUGUAUUAUUCACUCUGUGACAUCAAUUCUAUACUUUUAAAUUGAGAAAUCAUUCUCAUCACAUCACCCAAGCCAUUUUCUUCUAUUAUGACAUAGAGGGCAUUAUCAAAUGCUGAUUGGCUGAGACAAAUGCCAAUGUAAUUGUUCAUUAAUUUUGUUAAUUGCCCUUGAAAACAUUACUUGAAAUUGAAAAAAUUAAACAAAAGAAAUGCUCAACUUUACCUAAAAUUAUUAUGCUUCAGCUUUUUUGUACAAAUUAAAAUUUCAGUCAGCUGAUUUGUGCACUUACUGAUUUUGAUGGGACACUGAAAUGGCUUCAUAUGAAACUUUACAAUAACAUGUGUUUUUUAGCUUCUUACUAAAAGAAAAAUUUGUUUUUUUUUAUGUUAAAAAAGUAAAUAAAAUGCUUCCUUGUAAAAAUUAAGGAUUAAUAUCACUUGUGUUUUCAGAAGUUUAGGAAUAUUACUUGAAGUGUAAUCUGUAUAUACAUGUACCAAUCACUGGCAGUUUUUUAUCCUUUUGUUUAUUGGAAAUACACUGAAAAGAACAAA